AUGCACGUUAAGGAUGUCAUUGAGCGCAACGACCAGGCUGGUAUACGACCUUCGAAGACUUUUCAGGCGCUUGCUGAUGAAGCUGGUGGUCAUUCUAAUCUGAAAUUUCUUGAGAAGGAUGUUAGAAAUUAUAUAUCUGGUAAACUCCGAAUCAAUGGAGAUGAUACUGAUGCGCAAGAGAUGCUGGACUAUUUUACCAGGAUGAAAGAGCAGAACCCAAAUUUCUUCUACGAUAUUUGUCUCUAUAAUGACAAUAGUCUCAAGCAUGCAUUUUGGGUGGAUGCUCGAUCAAGAGCUGCUUACGAGUAUUUUGGUGACGUGGUGUCAUUUGACACCACAUACAAACUCAACAAAUAUGAGAUGCCAGUUGCAGCAUUUGUGGGUGUUAAUCACCACGGAAGGUCAUGUCUUUUCGGGUGUGCUUUAUUGGGCAACGAAGAGACUGAGUCCUUUGAAUGGCUCAUGCAAACAUUUAUAAAAUGUAUGAAAAAAACACCAGAUGGAAUCUUAAUUGACCAAUGCGGGGCCAUGGCAACAGCCAUUCGAAAUGUCAUACCAAACACUAGGCAUAGAUUGUGCAUUUGGCACAUCACGAGAAAGAUACCCCAUAAACUUGGAAAGUUGAGCCGAUAUGAGGAAAUUAAAGCUACAAUGCAUGGGAUUAUUUGGGAGUCUCAUUUGCAAGAAUCGUUUGAAAGUUCAUGGUAUGACUUCAUUGAAGAGUACACCCUUCAUGACAACAACUGGCUUAACGAUAAGGAACAACAGGAGUUGGAAUGCGAUGCAGCAGACAAUAGGGGCCUGAUCCCAUGUGUAUCGAACUCUCCUAUUGAGAAGCAGUUCCAAUAUGAGUACACCAACAACAUAUUUCGCAAUGUUCAAGCCGAAUUUAUCAAAAAGUGUGACUGCAACCUGUCUCCAAGGGCAGUGAAGGACAACCAAUACUUCUAUGAAGUGACUCAACAGAAGAUAAUUAAGGGGAUGUCUUUUUACAGCGAGGUUGACAAGGUGAACUCGUCGUAUAUACUAUCUCGAUGGAGCAAGAAUGUUUAUCGUAAGCACACUCAUAUUAGAAGUAGUCACGACUCACGACGUUCUAAUGAAAGCAUGAAUAUAUUUAGGGGACUAUGUGUUGACUUCUACAAUGUGGCCCAAGACUUUGUGCAUGACAAGGAGGAGGCUGAUAUAUUGCGUUCCGCUUUUGCAAGUGCUAAAGUGGCACUUACCGAGCAUCGGAUUAAAUGCUUUGUGGAGCCCUCCUCAUGUGGUACCUAG